AGGUAAAGCCGCCAGUGCUAUUCGUCGCCGCAGUGCGAUACGGUCGAUAGAAGAAAACGUGGCUGACAGUCUCCGGUGGUUGCAGCUGCCACACACACCGUCGCGACGCUCGUUCCCUUCGCGACGUCAUCAAUUUCCCGGAAUCACCGGAUCGUCAUCUCUCCACCCUUCGGGAACGGACAGAAGGGUGGCCAGUCGUGCACGACUCAUUUCGCUCCGGGAUGUCUCGCGGAAGGUCACGCAAAUUUAAAGGGUUAAUUUGUGGGAACUAAGGGGUUGUUAUCGCCCAGCGAUCUUCGUGUUUUGGUUCCUAGUGAUUCGGUCCCGAUAACCUCGGGAUUGCGUAACGGACAUUCCAUCUGUUUCAUAUUAUCGAUGUAUUUAUGUAGUUAUCUUACGAUUUAUUUAUCGACCUUCAAAGUGUUUUCGGAAAUUAAUAAGUUUAAUAAGUUUUCAAUUUAUGGAGAUUAUCUGUGAAUGGAUAUUGAAGUCCAGGUUUGUGAGAAGAGGGUUCGCCCUCGCCUGAGGGCAACGAGAUAGAUUUAAAGAUCGGAAGAUGGUCGAUCGUUCCAGAAGCCACGUCGCAAUCACGAGGGAACCGGAAGGAGAGGGAAGUGCGAAAUACCGGCGAUUAUAGUCGAAAGCGUGCUGCCGGUGGCACUGGCGAAGUAUAACUGAUCGUGCAAACAGAGACGAUCGAGGGCCGCGUGGCGAGCCGUGACAUUGGACUACGUGGAAUCUGUUUGCGCGCGAUUCGUGCCACGAGGGAUCCCCGUCCUUGACGUAACUUGUCGAUCCAUCGAUCACAUUCGGAUCGGCCACUAAUCUGCGUCGUUCGAUUACGGCGAACUUCAAAACGACCUUGAUAAGUAAAUAAACUUCAGCUGCGUCAUUCGAAAUAAAAGGACGUAUAUCUCGUCGUUACGGAAUAAUCCUGGCGGCGAUUCUGGAAGGAUCGGAGGUGGGCGGUCUGGCGCCAGAGCAGGGUUGCCCGAUCGAUUUUACCGUUGAAGAGGAUGCUCCGCUUCGCGACGUAGCAAAUACGAGUUUUUACGUCGCAGUCACGUGCCAAGAAGCGUAGUUGUGCGGCGGUGGGAGACCUGUGGGAUUCCGCAGAUCGAAGGGAGGGUGGGGACAGAAAGCGACGAGGGGAUUUUUCCCGGCGCCUCAACGUCGUUGUGGAAAAUCGAUCCGUGUUGGCCACCCCGUUGCAACCACCCGGCUUCGAACAGUGCAAUGACCUCCAAACCGGGAAGGUCCUACAGCGUGAGGUCUCCGCGUGUCGGAGGGCCUCUCUCGCAAUCGUUAGCAAUGAUUCCGCCAACGAUGCACGGCCACGAAUUUAAUCAACCCCUGUCGAGGGUGGUUAUGGUCCGUAAAACGGAUCAAAGGACUUUCAGCAAGGGCAGACGGGGCGGAGAGCCUCUCCUGGAAACGGUUACCAGGGAAACGGUGGAGCUUUUCAAUGGCGGGAGAGCCGAGAGGAAAUACACGUCUGAAACCAGAGACAUCGUUACGCCAAAAUCAAACAGGUCGAGGACGGAUUCGGUGAGAUCGAAAUCCCCUUUGACAGCGUCACCAGCCUCUCCAGGGCCAUUGUCGAAUUCCUUGCACGGCAGUUUUCACGGUAGCUUAGGCAGCGAUGGCAUGUCUUGCAGUAGUGCCAGGUCAUCAUCAGCCUCUCCAGAUUCUGCGAGAUACUCGUCGACGCCGAUCACAAAGACUGACACACGUAAACCGUCUGUGCGCAGAUUCGGACCUCCUAGGGAAUUUGUCAGCGUUUGCCUUGAAACGCACAAUUUCUACCGCGCGAGGCAUGGGGUGCCACCUCUUCGUCUCAGUAAACAGUUAUGUAAAACGAGCCAGGACUGGGCGAACAUAUUGGCUGCCAGAGGUAGGUUAGAACACAGAGCAAACAUCGACUACGGUGAGAACCUUUACUGUAUGUGGAGCUCCAAUCCGAAGACUGUUGUGAGUGGCGACGAGCCGGUGAAUGAAUGGUAUGCUGAAGAAGCGCAACAUCAGUACGGCAAAGAGCCCACAACCCUAAAAACCGGGCAUUUCACCCAAGUAGUAUGGAGAGACAGCACGGAGUUAGGUGUCGGAAUGGCGAGGAAUAGGAACGGAGAAGUCUACGUAGUUUGUAAUUAUAAUCCAGCUGGAAAUUUCUUGGGUAGCUUCACGGAAAAUGUACUCCCACCUGGGAGUUCGAGUCCAACCAAAAAGAUCUCCUUCUUGGAUCCUAAACACUACGCGAUGGAUGAGCAGACGUGGCAACAGGAAGCUUUACUUGUUCACAAUGAGUACAGGAGGAGACAUCGUGUUCCUGAUCUGACUUUGAGUGCUGAUCUCACGGCUGCUGCUAAGGCGUGGGCGAACACGUUGCUGAAUACGAACAAGCUGAUCCCACAGUCAUCUUCGCCGUACGGGGAGAACAUUUACUCGAUGCAGUGUUCUGAUCCGAAGCUGAUUGUACCGGCACGAGAGGUUGUCUCGAAGUGGUAUUCCGAAAAGAAGGAUCACAAGUUUGGAACGGAGCCAAAGGUCUUGAACACGUGUCAUUUCACCCAAAUUGUUUGGAAAAACACCACCGAAAUGGGUAUAGCGAUGGCGAAGAGGGACGGAACCUGCGUAAUUGUCGCGUGUUACCACCCGAGGGGUAAUAUCGUCGGUCAGUUCACGGAAAACGUUCUGAAACCGCUGAAAAUACCAUCUUAGUCCGCUAACGUUCACCACCCACACACCUGUCGAUAAUGUAUUUAAAACGCUGUAUUUAUAUAUCGUGCAUAGACGACGAUACGCAUAAUAUAUGUAUAUAACACAAGAUGUGCAUACACGUAGAAUAAAAUAACAUUCCACGUAUUACACCGUAAUAGAAAGAACCUCGUCUCUCUGAAAUUAGUCGUCGAUAACGUGACACUCGGUAGUGUUGAAUUUAACGUGUGGGUGCGACUUUUUUGAGAACCGGCUAAUUUUUUGUAAAAAUUUUUAUUUGCGGUUUUAGAGAUGUAAAUUCGACACGUUCUGUGACCGAAAGCACAAUUUUUAGUUUAACGAAAUCGGGGAAAAUGUUUGCUUUUAUUUUCAUACUUUUGUUGUAUUGCAUGGAACGUGUUGAAGGUUAAUUUCUGGAAAUAAGUUUUUUAUUCUAGUUUUAUAUAAGUGAAUGACUCGCGUGAAAUUUUCAUGUUAAAUAUUUAGUAAAUGAUUAGAGACGAUAAUUGAAAUUUUUUUAAGACAUUCUUUUGUAUGAGUGAGGAAAGCGAGGGAUUCUUCUAGGCCGGCUGUCAAAGAAUUGUGACGCGACAUUUAACGGGAAAAUAGUAUUAACAAAAAAAUGAUAAAUAAAAUUGGUCAGUGACUGAUCGUUCCUUUGCCCUGUACCUCAAAAUAUCGCGUAAUAAGACACACUUGUAAUUUUUCUGAUGACAAUACAAGUACGCGUAGCAUGUAGAAUAGAACGAAAAUAUUCUUAUAAUUUAUAAACACAUGUAACAUUUUGUUUUUACGUCGGACGAACGAAAUAAAUUAUGAG